CCUUAACAAGGUUUUUCUUUUCCUUAAUUAGCCAUUUCAUUAGAUUUCCCUCUUGUGCAGGUGAAGUUUUGAAAUAUGGAGAGCUUCAAUGGAAGUGAAGACCGAAAGAGGCUUAUUGACGUGAAGCCUUUUCAAAUGAUGCCUCCAUCAACUCUCCCUUUGUUAGCUCCUACUUCAUUUCAAGUAUGGAAGAAACCCUACUACAUGAAAAAUAGUUCCUCUUCUACUACUAGUGGAACUAAGAAUCCUUUAAAAUCAUUCACCAUCGACUCUCUUGAAUCAGACCGAAAUUCGACCAACCAUGAUAUUGUUGCUUCUGGUGGUGAUCGUAACCUUUCCAACAUUGAUGAGAAGGAGGCCGGGGUCCAUGGUCGACUCGGUCGCGACCUCGACCCGAACAUGGACCCCAAAAAGCUUAAACGGAUUAUUUCAAAUAGAGUUUCUGCGCAGAAGUCCAGAAUGAAGAAGCUCCAUUAUGUGACUGAGAUGGAAAGAAAAGCCAAGGCCUUAGAGAAUAAAAUAGCAGUUCUCCAUCCUCAAGUGAUGAUGUAUAGAAACCAGCAACACUUACUACAGAUGGAGCAGAAAAGGUUGAGUCAAGAAAUGUCUGCUCGCGCAACCACCAAGAUACUCAAAGAUGCUGAGAUUGAGGAGAACAAAGCAGAAGUGAAUAGACUGAGGCAACUCCAUUUAACACAGCAACAUCAAAAAAUGCAAGAACAUCUGAUGGUAAAUGCUUGGAAAAUGCAGAUGAUGAAUUCAAAUUUGACUCAAUCUGAUACAGAACAAACGUUGUUUAUGAACUCAAAUUCAGCUCAAAUUGGAGAGAUGAAUGAAGAAGAAAUGGAUGAAGUGAAUCAGCAACCAGUUGGACAAAUGUGGAUGGUGAAUCCUACUAAUGGCUCAACGAUGCUUCAGCAAAAACUGAUCGGAGCUAAGGCCAAUCCAAAUCAUGGUGGUAUUGAACAGAUGCUCAACUUCAACCAAAAUAAUCAUAGUUGUGUCAUGUGAGAAUUCUCACUGGAAUUUGGAAUUUCUAGUUCAUUUUCUUUUUAAUCUGUUAUUGUCAGUUGUCUUAAAAUAUUUAUGGUUGUCUGUAGAA